AGCUCUGGAGCUCAGCCGUGACAAAGAUGAGAUCUCCCUGUUGGUGGAGCAGGAGUUCUUGAGCCUGACCAAAGAGCACCUCAUCUUAGUCACAGAGAGCUCGGGGGAGCUGGAGGCACCUGGCAUUUCCCCCGAGGGGCCCAGACAGCCGGCUCCCUGCUUCCUCGCCCCUCCUCCGGUGGCAAACAGCAGUGAGUACCCCGGAACCACCAUCAUGGCCGCCGACACACUUCUGGAGCCGAAGGUGGCCGUGUCCGUGAUCAGCAGCCGGCAGGACUGCGACUCUGUCAUGUCUACAGUCACGGGCAUUCUGCGUGCUGCCAAGGUCAAGAGUGUCAAGGGGACAGAGGAUGGAGGCCACAUCCUGGGUGCCUCCACCUCGGAAAUCAACAGACUCCUGGCCCAGUUCCCACUGAAGUCCACAGAGGCAACCAAGGUUCCUGACAACAAGAUGGUGCUGGAGGAGACGAGGGUCAUCAAGGACUUCCUGCAGAACAGCAUGUUCAGCGGCCUGGGACCCAGGGAACCCACGGGGUUGGGCCCCUUCCUCCUGCUGCCGCCCCCGCCUCCCGCACCCCCUGACAAGCUCCCUGAGCUCCCUGCUCAGAAGAGGCAGCUCCCGGUGUUUGCCAAGAUCUGCUGCAAGCCCGAGGCUGACUCCGCCAUGGAGGGGCACCUCUUAAUGGAAUGGAACUCUGGUGCCAAGGAGCUGACCAAGGGUCGAGAGAGCCUCUUUCUCAGUCAGUGGCCCCAGAGCCGGAAGGACACGUGUGGUGAGGAAGGGUGCAGUGACCCAGUGGGCUCCAUGUCCAUGGCCCUACCAGCCAAGAAGCCUGCGUGGCCAGCCGAGAAGAACCUGCUCUAUGAGUUUCUUGGGGCCGCCAAAAACCCAAGCGCGCAGCUAAAGCUUCGCAGCAAAGUGGAGGUGGACGGGCUGGAGCUGAAACUUAACCCACCUGUGACGGCGGCCGACAAGAGCCACCUCAAGUACACAGGGAAUGUUUUCACCCCACGCUUUGCUACAGCCUUGACCUCAGCCACCCUGAACCAGCCGCUCUGGCUCAACCUGAACUAUCCGCCUCCGCCCGUGUUCGCAAAUCACUCCACCUUCGCACAGUACCAGGGCCUGUACCCACAGCGCACAGCCAGGAUUACCUACCAGCAGCCCGUGCCCCCCCAGCUGGGCUGUUACUCCCGCCAGGUGACGCCGUACAAUCCACAGCAGAUGGGACAGCAGAUUUUCCACUCUUCCUACACGCCCCUGCUGAGCUACAUCCCCUUCGUCCAGCCCAACUAUCCGUACCCUCAGAGGACACCUCCAAAGCUGUCCACCAACCCCCGAGACCCUUCCCCCAUGGCAGGAGAUGCGUCACAGUACCUGGUCCCCCAGGCGUACGGGUUUGGCUCGACGGCUGGCGGGCCCGUGAUGAACAGCCCGUAUUUUUCCUCCAGUGGGAAUGGCAUAAAUUUUUAGAUGAUCUUUUCUCAUCCCUCCUCCUGCCUUAGCCCUUGGGUCAGGGCUAAGGGCUCUGGAACUCUGGAUUCUGUAAUAGCGUGGCCUGAGGUUUGGAAAGCCAAGGUUCCGACCAGGUCACAGGCAGAAAACAACAAGACCAGACUCAUCUAUUGACCAACUCUCUCACACACACAGCCCCUCUCACACACACCACACACUGUUCACUGCACACGCACCUCCCUCAUAUUCAUACUCACCUGCUCAACCACAUAUGCACCUGUAUUUAGCUGAUA